AACAAUGAUGAUUGAAUACUGAGAGGCAAAGCAAAGGAAUAUCGAAACGCAAGUAGCGAAAAUGUCGAUGAGAGGAAUCGGAGGCCCCCUUCUAUGCAUCGGAGAUCUCCUAAACGACGUCGGAGGAGAAGAAGAACAAGGACUCUCUCUCCGUCGCGAAACCUCUCCCUCUUCUUCCGAUCUCGAUCCACCGCCUCACCUCACCAAGCUCUUCCAGGAACACUACGACCACUUGAAUUCCGCGCUCUCCGGCACCGACCACUCCUGGACCUCUCUCACCUUGAAGUUAUGCACUGCUCUAGAAACCGCGAACGAGCUUGUUCAGUCUACCAACUCAAAUGUAGCGUCCUUGUCGGAGAAGGUUGAGGAGCUUCAGAAAAUUGUUAAGAGAGGGGAUUCCGCCAUAGCAGCGGCGAAGUCGCUUUAUUAUGUUACCCCUGACAAUCACACUAGUGCCUCAAAGUGAAUCAAGUAGGCUGUUUGAGCAAGUGUUCUGAUUCUGAACAUUAAAACAGAAGCAAAAAUUUAAACUGUAGUUGAUCAGCAUAGCAUAUUAUCUACUCAAAGUCACUUUCAUACAGAGUAUCGUGCAGCCAGUUUCCCCCUACUGAGUGUUUUGUAGUUAAAGAAAACCAAGGUAGUACUGAAAACAGAAGACAUGUACUAUUGUUUCUUCAAUGUCAUAUCGUAUCAUGUUGCUCAUGGCUCAACCCACAAAUUUUGUCACGUUGGCAUUUACUCAUAAACCAAGAAGCAAACACUAGGAGGAUUGAGGAACGUAUUAUGUUAAUUUUGUUAUAAUUAAUUAAUUAAUUACAGAAGUGUAUAUUUGAUGAUUUUUUUUUCAUGCUUCAAAUAAUGGCUGCAUUGAUCAUUGGAGCAUUGGCUAUUGAACCAUUGUUCCUGUGGCUUGUCCUUUUUCUUUUGGUAUACUUUAAGGCUUUCAGCUUAGUUGUUGAAUUUGAUUAUUACAAAGAUUUUUCUUUUGGUUCU